AUGGUGUGGCCGUUGGUUCUUAGAGGUUCUAGUGUAAUUCUAUUUGGACUGGAUGUUGUACCGCUUUUCAUCGGCGAGUCUGGCAAAUCUGUUGGACUUGAGCGAAGUAGAAACCGCUGGAUUGACAUGCCUAUAGUCCUUUGUUUAAUAUGUGAAUCGGAAUACGUGAUCGUUGAAGAGAUUAAAGUAGAAGUCGUGGAUGAUUCUACCUAUCGGCCUUUCUUGAAGAAGCUUGUUAUGAACGGAAAUUUUGUUGCAUGGGAAGUUAAACAGUCCACUUUACCAAACGAUAUUUUAGAACUUAUGAUGAGCUUCGAUUAUUGGCAGCAAGACGAGGAAGAACAGGAGGAAUAUGAAGAAGCUCAACCAGGCUACACUAUUCGUGAGAAGACAUUUAUCGUAGACAAUGAAGGAACCGUUUUCGAGACGAAAUUCAUUGAUGAUCAACAAGUUAAUGGCGAUACACUCCCAUGUCACAUCAGCGCCAUCGGCUGCGACCUUGGUCAGUUCGUCAUUCCUCUCUAUGUCACACAACUUCUCAGUGUCGAAGUUGAAUUGGUACUAGUUUACCAAUGA